UAUUCUCUGUCAAAAAAGAUGUUUACUAGGUGAAAAGUCGAAGAACGGAUAAUAAUCGGAAUCAAUAUUGUGGCGAACAUUAAGCAAAAACCGAAUAAACAAAUCGUGUAUUUCGUUCAAUAGUCAUUGGAAAAACAAUAGAAGAAUGUCAAAAAGACGUGCAACCGAAGUCGUUGUGGCUCGUGGCCGUUUAAAGGGAGCAUUACAAGAUAUAGCAAAUGUGAAUGACGAUGAUGAUGAUUUGGACUCGAAACCGAGUCGUGGUCGACCGCCGAAGCGUGCAAAGAAAGAGCCAACACCACCGCCUCAGCCAACGGUCCAACACAGUUUCAUCAUGAAAUUGUUUGAUCGCUGCGUUGACCUCGCCAAAUACAAUGAAAACACGGCAUUGUAUCCGAUAUGCCGGGCGUGGAUGCUCAAUCAACCACGAUCCAAUCAAAUUAUCAACUACAAAGCGAGAAAAGAGAUUCCAAUUGUGAAACGUGAACAGAAUGAUGAUCUGUUGGAUGACAUCAAAGCAGACCGUGUGACUGAAGUCACCGAUUUGCCACCAUGCAAAAAAGUCGAUGUUUCACGAAUACCGCCACCAUUGCCGUUCCAGAAAAACGCCAACAGCACGGCCAAUGUGGAUAAAGGAUUUGACGGUCCAAAACUCGAUCGUGAGGAGCUGUUGUCAUCGUGGAAAGAUCGAUGGGUGGAAGUGCGCAAAAAAUGGAUGGACCACACAAAAGAAUACGAAGACAAGAAGCACGGCGUCAAUAUGGCCAUUCUAGAGACGCUGUACAAGAAAUAAAAGCGGCUUUGAUUUUCCCUUA